GCACAUGAUUCGCCAAUAAUUGUAAUGGCAAUCGAUCCAACUUCUUCAUUAGUAGCAACAGGAUCUGCUGAUGGUGUUGUUAAAAUAUGGGAUAUAGAAGGUGGAUUUUGUACGCAUAAUUUUCACGGUCAUGGAGGUGUAAUCAGUUCAUUAAAAUUCUAUAAACAAGGUCAACAUAAUUGGAAAUUGGCUUCUGGGUCAGAUGAUUGUAAUAUUCGUAUAUGGGAUUUACAUAAAAGAAGUUGUGUUGCUAUAUUAAAAAACCAUGUUAGUCUAAUUAGUGGCCUAGAUGUAUCUAAUGAUGGAAGAUAUUUAAUAAGCAGCUCUCGUGAUAAAGUAAUAUGUACAUGGGAUCUUCAUAAUAUCGACAAUAAUAAAAAAAUAUUAAUUAACACAUUUCCAAUUUAUGAG